AUGGAUAGUCAGAAUGUGGAAAAGGAUUGUGAAGCCAACAUGAACCCAGUUGUUGAACAAGAGCAGGAAAGCAAGGUCCUCCCUAAUGCUUUACCUGAUUCAGAGGCAGAUUCAAGAGAGAGUCUGAUGAAGCAAGAUGAUCAAGAUGCGAUACAAUGUCCAGACUUAGAAGAAAAGCCCCCAGCUGAAGAACAAAGUCAACCUAUAGACAGUAAGGAAGGAGAUAUUGACCUUCUCAGCCUUCCCUUCCCUAGGAAGCUCUGGGCCAUCGUGCAGAAUGAGUCAUUCAAGUCUGUGAAUUGGACUGAGGAAGGAGACGCCAUCAUAAUUGAAGUAGACCUUUUCCAGACAGAGGUCCUUCAGCACAAGGGGGCAAAGAAGAUUUUCGAAACAGACAGCUUGAAGGGUUUUAUUCGCCAGCUCCACCUGCAUGGAUUCAGGAAGAUAUGCCCUGGGGCCACCACAGUUUCCUCUGGAGAGAACAGGAGACUAAUGAUGUACAGCAACUUCAACUUUCAGAGAGAUAAGACUGGGCUCCUUGAGUAUAUCUGGGGAAAAGAAGACCAGGGAAAUCUUAUGCACCAAGCAAUCUGUGUACCAAUUCCACUCAGGGCUUCUCAAGAGCCAACUUCAAAAAGAAAGAAAGUGUUACCUACCAGAUAUUCUCCACGGUUCUACCGUAAGCCUGAUAAAGAAGAUGAUGAAGAGUCCAAGAAAAAAAGGUCCAAAGACCAGGGACCCAAAGGAAACCAGUGCUUUGUGUUUUCUAAUGUAUGGGCUAUGAAAACUAUUCCUGGAUGUAACCUAGAAACACAGUCUCUUGGGGAGUCAAGCAGCCCAACUGGGGAAGACAACUCCGGGAAUAUUAUAUGUGUGCCUCAAGUUGCUCCUGAAAUCCAAGAUACAGAAGAAGUACCCAGUGCCAACUCCUCAGGGUACCCCGUUUUGAGUUCUAUGAUGUCUCUGUAUAACAACUGCUGCUCUGUCUUAUUGUCUGCCCUCUCAGAGAGGCCACAAAAUGAGACACCUGAGGAAGAAGAGCAGGAAGGGUCCUCAGAUUACAAGUGUGUAAUCUGCCAGUCUAUAAAGAAUAGCCCUCGUUUAUGA